UAGAUACAGCUACAGGUGAGACAGUGACUCAUUUUUGAACCCAGCUCACAGAAACAGCAAUAAAACUCAUACCUGGACCCAGUCAAUAGCAGACAUUUACAAUCCUGGACAUUUUCCUGCUAAAGGUAUAAGAGUCAACACCUCUUGUGGGUUGAGUUCAAGUAUGGAAGUCAGUCACAACAGUGGACUAAAUCAAUGCACAAGAGCCCAAAUAUCACCAACAGACUGUUUUGAUAGGGGAGUCAGAGCCCCCAGGUGUUCUAAAUCCUGGACUUGGUGUUAUCAUCUCAUCUGUCGAUUGGAUUGAUGCAUGAGAUUCACAAUUCCAACUUGAUUGCCUCUUGGUGUGCGAUUCAGAACCUCAACAGUGGGUUCUGUUAAUGUGGAAGGCUGAUAAUCCUUACUUUUAUUUGAGUUUGUGUACAACAGCCAUAGUUUGACCACAGUUUUAGCUGGGCUAUAUUUUGGCACUCUUUGUAGCACUUGAGGGCUUCAUACAAUGUGCAUGCAAGUUGUGAUAUUCCGUGACCAUCCUACAAGUUGAAGAUACAGGACCUUAGUUUUUGCCCCAAGACUACAGGGGUCAAAAUAUCUUCAGGUAUGAGUCAUCAUUCCACCUGUAAGCUGUGCCCUUGUGUAUUUCCUAAUACCAACUGUGGAGAGAGACCAGGCACAAGGGUUGCAUCACCUGGGUGAUGGCCAAAGAUAUGUCACAAUUGCCACUUUGGGCAGGAUCAAAAAUCUCCCCUGAGUGCAGGGGCAAUUCAGGAGGGUCAUAUCACCUAGUUACUGGGCUCAGCAAUAUGUCACAAUGCCCCUUGUGGGCAGGGCCAAGGCAGGACUGUUACAUCACCUGGAAGCUGGGCCCAGUGAUAUGUCACAAUGUCUCUUGGGGGCAGGGUUCAGGCAGGAAAGAAGAGUCACAUCACCUAGGUGAUGGGCCUGGAGAUAUUUCACAAUGCCUUCUGUAAUUAGAACCCAGAAAAAAGAGUUAUAUCAUUUGGGUUAAAGGUCCGGUGAUAUUUCACAAUCCCAACUAAGGGCAGGACCCAGGCAGAAAAGGAGAGUCACUUCCUUUGAUGAUUGGUCCAGAGAUACAUCACAAUUUCCCCUGAGGACAGCUCUCAUGCAGAAGAGGAACUAAAUAUAGCGCAUGGUCCAGGGACUGUUGACAUUCAGAGACAUAGCUAUAGAAUUCUCUCCGGAGGAAUGGCAAUGCCUGGAUUGUGCUCAGCGGAAUUUAUAUAGAGAUGUGAUGUUAGAGAACUACAGAAACCUGGUCUCCCUGGGUAUUGCUGUCUCUAAGCCAGACUUGAUCACGUGUCUGGAGCAAAAUAAAGAGUCCCAGAAUAUAAAGAGAAAUGAGAUGGUAGCCAAACACCCAGUUAUGCAUUCCCAUUUCACCCAAGACCUUCAGCCAGAGCAGGGCAUAAAAGAUUCACUCCAAAAAGUAAUACCAAGAACGUAUGGAAAAUGUGGACAUGAGAAUUUACAAUUUAAAAAAUGCUGUAAAAUUGUGGGUGAAUGUGAGGUGCACAAAGGAGGUUAUAAUGAAGUUAACCAAUGUUUGUCAACUACCCAAAACAAAAUAUUUCAGACUCAUAAAUAUGUCAAAGUCUUUGGUAAAUUUUUAAAUUCCAAUAGACAUAAAACAAGAUAUACUGGAAAGAAACAUUUCAAAUGUAAAAAAUAUGGCAAAUCAUUUUGCAUGCUUUCACACCUAAAUCAACAUCAGGUAAUUCAAACUAGGGAGAAGUCCUACAAAUGCAAAGAAUGUGGCAAAUCCUUUAACUGCUCCUCAAACCAUACUACACAUAAAAUAAUUCAUACUGGAGAGAAACCAUAUAGAUGUGAGGAAUGUGGCAAAGUCCUUAGCUGGUCCGCAAACCUUACUAGACAUAAGAUAACUCAUACUGGAGAGAAACCCUACACAUGUGAAGAAUGUGGCCAAGCCUUUAGGCACUCCUCAACACUUACUAACCACAAGAGGAUUCAUACUGGAGAGAGACCCUACAAAUGUGAAGAAUGUGGCAAAGCCUAUAGCUUAUCCUCAACCCUCACUGACCACAAGAGAAUUCAUACUGGAGAGAAACCCUACACAUGUGAAGAAUGUGGCCAAGCCUUUAGGCGCUCCUCAACACUUACUAACCACAAGAGAAUUCAUACUGGAGAGAGACCCUACAAAUGUGAAGAAUGUGGCAAAGCCUAUAGCUUACCCUCAACCCUCGCUGACCACAAGAGAAUUCAUACUGGAGAGAAACCCUGCAGAUGUGAGGAAUGUGGCCAAGCCUUUACCUGGUCCUCAAACCUUACUAGACAUAAGAGAAUUCAUACUGGAGAGAGACCCUACACAUGUGAAGAAUGUGGCAAAGCCUAUAGCUUACUCUCAACGCUCACUGACCACAAGAGAAUUCAUACUGGAGAGAAACCCUGCAGAUGUGAGGAAUGUGGCAAAGCCUUUACCUGGUCCUCAAACCUUACUAGACAUAAGAGAAUUCAUACUGGAGAGAAACCCUACACAUGUGAAGAAUGUGGCCAAGCCUUUAGCUUAUCCUCGAACCUUACUAGACAUAAGAGAAUGCAUACUGCAGGGAAACCCUACACAUGUGAAGAAUGUGGCCAAGACUUUAGGCGCUCCUCAGCACUUACUAUCCACAGGAGAAUUCAUACUGGAGAGAGACCCUACAAAUGUGAAGAAUGUGGCAAAGCAUUUAGCUUAUCCUCAACCCUCACUGACCACAAGAGAAUUCAUACUGGAGAGAAACCCUACAUAUGUGAAGAAUGUGGCAAAGCCUUUAACUACUCCUCAACCCUUAUGCAACAUAAGAGAAUUCAUACUGGAGAGAAACCCUACAAAUGUGAAGAAUGUGACCAAGCUUUUAAGUGGCAUUCAGGUCUUGCUAAACAUAAGACAAUUCACACUGGAGAGAAACCCUACAAAUGUGAAGAAUGUGGCAAAGCUUUUAAGUGGCAUUCAAGUCUUGCUAAACAUAAGACAAUUCACACUGCAGAGAAACCCUACAAAUGUGAAUAAUGUGGCAAAGUCCACCCUCAGGCCUCAUAAUACAUAAAAUAAUUUAUACUGGAAAAAAAACACUACAAGUGUAGAGAAUGUGGCCAAGCCUUUAACCAGUUCCAAACCUUAAUUGAAUGUAAGAGAAUUCAUAUUGGAAAAAAAUUUUAUAAACUUAAAAAAAUGUAACAAAGCCUUUAACCAACCCUCAAACCUUAAUGAACCUAAGAGAAAUUAUUUUUAAAAAAUUUUUUGAGAUGGAGUCUCCCUGUGUCACCCAGGCUGGAGUGCAGUGGCAUGAUCUCAGCUCACUGUAACCUCUGCCUUCCGGGUUCAAGCGAUUCUCCUGCCUCAGCCUCCUGAGUAGCUGGGAUUACAGGCGUGUGCCACCACACUGGCUGAUUUUUGUAUUUUUAGUAGAGAUAGAGUUUCACCAUGUUGGCCAGGCUGGUCUUGAACUGCUGACCUCAGGUGAUCCACCUUUGUCAGCCUCCCAAAGCCUGAGAGAAUUUAUAUUAGAGAGACCCUAGAAACAUUAAAAAAAAAGUGACAAAACUUUUAAGCACAUCUCAGGCCUUACAUAAUAUCUGAUCAUUCAUUCUAGAGAGAAACUCUACAAAAGCAAAGAAUGUGGUAAAGCUCUUAGUCUUGAACCCUUAUUAUACAUAAGAGAAUUAAUACUGAAGAGAAACCCUACAAUAAGGAAUAUGGCAAUGUCUUUAAAAAGUCCUCAAACCUGAAUAAAUGUAAGAUAAUUGAUAUUGGAGAGAAACCUUGCAAUUGUAGGGAAAAAUGUGGCAAACCCUCUGUCUCAAAAAAAAAAUUAUAAAUGUGAUUACUGUAAAAAGACCUUUUGGAAAAUAUAGGCCUUUAAAGUAAAGACUAGUUAUUCUGAAGACAAACAUACAAACAUAAAGAGGAUUGUUGUACCUUUACUUCCAUUACAGAUUUUAUUGUACACAUUUUAUAUUAAAGGAAAAAUUUGAAGAUCUGAAAAAGAUGCUCAAACUUUGUUGAACGUUAGAGAAUUUAUAUUGGCGAGAAAGUCUAAACAUGUAAUGAAUGUGAAAAACAUUUGUUCAAAAACUAUGGCUUAGAAAACACCAGUUUAUACUAAAUAUUUUUGCAGAACCAGUAAAUGGGGAAAACAUAUUAAAUCAAAAAUUGUCUAUAUAAACAUCUGAGGAGGCACAGUAGAAAGAUGAAGGCACUGAAACUUCAGACAUUACACGAAAUCAGAGUGUUGAGUGUAAAAGAGAUCCAAAGCUAACACCAUAUUCAUGUUAAAGAAGUAGGUUUUUUUGGAGAUUUAUAAUUACCUUCGAGGUAUGCUUCUUUCUUCUAUAAAAAAUAGUUUCUGAAAAGCAAAUAAUAAUGUAACUCAAGUCUCAGAUUCCGUCAUGUUGACUCUUCCCAUUGUUUGUGAAAGUAUUUGAACAGUUGUUUCAUCAGAGAUAGGAGAGAUUGUUUUUUAUCAAUUGUGCAUUUAUGUAAUAAAAUGCAAUAAAUUUAAAAAUAUUUAAA